CUUUUUUGUCAUCAUGGAUGAGAUUUGUCAAGACGAUCAAUGGUUUGAACAAGCCUUUACGUACAUGAAUAAACAUGACAUUCCUUUACCAAACGACAAGAAAUUACAUUUUUAUGGACUUUUUAAACAAGCUACGAUUGGCGAUGUGAAUAUUGAAAAGCCCGGGCUAUUUGAGUUUGUACUUCGAGCAAAAUACGAUGCUUGGAAUUCUUUUAAGGGACUAGGAUUCAGAGAUGCCAGAAAUUUGUAUAUUGAAGCUGUGGAAGCACUGAAUGCAGGUUGGUCACGUCAAGGUGAAUACGAGUACAUCCCCUCCCCUGAAGAACUUAAGAAGGGUGAUGGUUUAAGCAACAAUGCUGUGAGUACAAUGGCGGUAGAGGAAACAAUAGUAUCAGACGAUAUAUUUGGAUACACUCGAGAAAACAACCUCGAGAAAUUGAUAUCAGCGGUUGAAGAGAAGGUAGAUGUAAACAGCAAAGAUGAAGAUGGAUACACUGCGCUUCAUUUAGCGGCAGAUCGAGGUUAUUUGGAUAUUGUGACCUUUUUGAUUGAUUCAGGAGCAGAUUUAAACAUUAGAACAAAUGAUGACGAAUCAGCGCUUCAUUUAGCAUGCAUAUCAGAACAAUUAGAAGUUGCCAAGUUAUUGAUCAGCAGAGGUAUUGAUACAACAUUAGUUGAUGCAGAAGGAUUAACAGCGUUCGAACAAGCGGAUGAUACAUUUGUAAAGGGACUUAAAUAAACUUAAAAUCUACAAUUA